ACCUGCCCGGGCCCGGGGAUUCCACUGCAAGCUGCAAAUGCAAUGCUUUGCAAUGUAGCCCCAGCCUUCCUACCUUCCUUCAUUUCUUGCUCUUUCCAAAACGGCCUUGCAAAAAAAGUCGCACAGGAUUCCCUGCCAUGGAGCCAGUCAGCCUGGACAACCUCUCCAUCCUGUACCAAAGCGCGGACUUCAUUGUGGUCAACAAACACUGGGACGUCCGCAUCGACAGCAAGAUGUGGUACGAAAAGCUCACCCUGCAGAGCCAGCUGAAGCACCGUUUCCCGGAGCUGGCCGACCCGGACACUUAUUAUGGCUUUCGGUUUUGUCACCAGUUGGAUUUCUCCACCAGCGGCGCAUUAUGCGUGGCUCUCAACAAAGCUGCGGCUGGCAGCGCAUACAAGUGUUUCAAGGAGCGGAUGGUGACCAAAGCCUACCUUGCGCUGGUGCGGGGCCAUGUCCAGGAGGCCAAGCUGACCAUUGAAUAUGCCAUUGGGAAGAACACCACCGAGGGAAUGACCCACAUGAUGUGCAUCGAAGGCACCGAAGGUUGCGAAAACCCCAAGCCUUGCCAAUCGGAGCUGACGGUCCUUGAGCAUGGGCUCUAUAGUGGCGACCCUGUGAGCAAGGUUCUCCUGCAGCCGCUGACUGGCCGGACGCACCAGCUGCGGGUCCAUUGCAGCGCCGUGGGGCACCCCAUUGUGGGCGACUUCACCUACAGCCUGAAGACGGACGGCGGCCCCUUCCGCAUGAUGCUCCACGCCUAUUACCUGCGCAUCCCCACCGCCAAGGAGCUGGUCGAGGUCAGUGCCCCGGACCCCUUUGUGCCCACUUUGGACAGCCAUUGGAUGCCGCAGCAGACUGUGCACCGGCUGGACGACCUGAUCCAACACCUGAAAGAGAAGAGCGCCUGGGCAGAAGGAACAGGGAGCGAGGCGGACGGGCCCCAAAACCCUGAAGCCCCCCAGGAAGUAGAGACCCCCGAGACAGAAGAGCAAGGGACCCAAUGCCGGGAAUGGCUGGCCGAGUGGGCCCCGGAAUGAGGAGGCAUCGUCCGGCUUAUUCGGAUACAGCACUGGUCUCGUAUCCCUUUUGCACCCCAAUCCGUCUCCAAAUGGACCCCAAAUGUUCCCGAUUCCAGAGCAAGAUUUGGAUCCGUUUACAGUUUUGAACGCUGCCCAUUUUUAUUGACGGUUAGCCCCCUUUUACUCACAUAUGUAUUUAUUUAUUUACUAUAGACUCAGAGCAGCUUCGAAAUUGGCAAUCAUUCAACACCACAACAACAUAAACAUUAGAAGCCCCCGGUGGAGUCGUGGGUUAAAGCCUCGUGACUUGAAGGUUGGGCUGCUGACCUGAAGGCUGCCAAGUUUGAAUCCCACCCAGGGAGAGUGUGGAUGAGCUCCCUCUAUCAGCUCCAGCUCCAUGCGGGGACAUGAGAGAAGCCUCCCACAAGGAUGGUAAAACAUCAAAAACAUCUAUGCGCCCCCUGGGCAACGUCCUUGCAGACGGCCAAUUCUCUCACUCCAGAAGCGACUUGCAGUUUCUCAAGUUGCUCCUGACACAAAAAAACCCACAAACAUAAAAAUACAAUAUACACCAUACAUUAAAAUCAGUUUAGAAAUCAUAAAUACUGACCAACAUAUUACGUUGAUGGGAGAAAUAAAUAGGAAAAAUUGUGAUAAUAAUCAUCAUCGAGGUGGGGCACCAUGUAGUCAUAUCUGUCUAUAAAAGCACAUAUUAAAAGCAUAGUUAAAAUGUGUAAAAGUAUAUACAUAGAGACAAAAAUUAAAGGAUCCUUGUCUAUAUCAUUAUUACUACUACUACUACUAAUAAUAAAGACAAGGAUCCUUUAAUUUUUGUCUCCAGUAUUAUUAUUAUUACUACUACUAAUAAUAAUAAUAAUAAUUUGGGAGCUGCGGUGGCGCAGUGGGUUAAAUCCUUGUUCCGGCUGAACUGCUGACAUGAAGGUUGGGUUGCUUACCUGAGGGUGGCCAGUUCAAAUCCUCGAGACGGGGUGAGCUCCCAUCUGUCAGCUCUAGCUUGGGGUGACAUGAGAGAAGCCUCCUGGUAACACAUCCGGGCAUCUCCUGGUUAAUGUCUUUGUAGACAGCCAAUUCUCUCACACUGGAAGCGACUUGGAGUAUGAUCUCAUGUGGCUUCUGACACAAUUAAAAAUAAUAAUAAUUUUAAUUAAAUUUAUUACCCACCUCUAAUAAUAAUAAUACAGUAGAGUCUCGCUUAUCCAACGUAAACGGGCCGGCAGAACGUUGGAUAAGCGAAUAUGUUGGAUAAUAAGGAGAGAUUAAGGAAAAGCCUAUUAAACAUUAAAUUAGGUUAUGAUUUUACAAAUUAAGCACCAAAACAUCAUGUUAUACAACAAAUUUGACAGAAAGGGUAGUUCAAUGCACAGUAAUGCUAUGUAGUAAUUACUGUAUUUAUGAAUUUAGCACCAAAAUAUCAUGAUAUAUUGAAAACAUUGACUACAAAAAUGCGUUGGAUAAUCCAGAACGUUGGAUAAGCGAGUGUUGGAUAAGUGAGACUCUACUGUAGUUAUAUUUAUUUAUUGAUAUUUAUUACUCACCCCUCCCUUCGACACACCAUAUUGUCAGAGACAUCUAUAAAAGCACAUAUCGAAGCAUAGUUAACAAACAACAAUAAAAGCAUAUCUCUUGUAGAUCUUAUUGUUCUAUAAUAAUAAUAAUAAUAAUAAUAAUAAUAAUAAUAAUGCAUUUUUACUACUGUUCCCCAACACACUUUCUUGAAAAACAUCAUCUUUAAAACAUAUUAAAAUAAUAGUAUAUUUAAAUUAAUUGUUAUUUAUUACCCACCACAUAGUCACACCCAUCUAUCAGAGCACAUAUUAAAACAGUUAAAAUACAAUCAUAAAAGCAUGUAUUGAACCAUGCACAUAAUAAAAUACACGAGACAAAAGCAAAGACACAACAAGCAUAGAACUAUAGUUUGCACCUUGGAGAGAUCCCCGAUGUUUGGACUAAAACCCAGAACGGAUUCAUUUACUACAAUGACCAGCUGCCCAGACAAGAAGUAUUUCUUGGGUUAAGAAGGUUGGAAAUGUGCCUUAAAUGAGACCUGGGGGGUUGCCUCGCAUGCGGAUCCUGUCUCCUUGCUUCUGCAUGUCCCUUUCCGGUCCUCACUGCGUCCACUAUUUGCCAAUUGUUUUCUAAAUAUAUCCAGGUAUAGAGUAGGUUAGGAGUAUUUUUGCAAAUGUGUCUUAUAAGUAGAAUUUGUGCUGAUCACGUAACGCGUUGGUUGCACUCAAAAUAGACUUUGUGCGUAAAUUUGCACACUCCUUUGCACAACCGUCCCUCCGCAUUUGCUGUUUUGUCUUCGGUAGAAAGGACUAUUCACGGAAAACGGAGGCCUGAACUGUCCUUUUCCUCUUGCAUACUAUCCCUGGCUUUAUUUCGGAGCAAAUUACUGCUCAAGGUUGCAAAGAAAAAGAAGAAAAGCCUACCAACGGGGUGCAUCUACACUGUCGACUGAAUACCGUUUGACACCACUUUAACUGCCAUGGCUCAAUGGGAUUUGUAGUUUGGUUCUCAAUGGAAACCGUAGUCCAGCCCUCAGUGGGAGUUUAGUUCAGCCCUCAAUGGGAGUUGUAGCUCGGCUCUCAAUGAGAGUUGUAGUUUGAUCUUCAAUGGGAGCUGUAGUUUAGCCCUCAAUUAGAAUUGUAGUUCAUCCCUCAGUAGGAGUCAUAGUUUGUUCCUCAGUUGGAGUCAUAGUUGGACCCUCAAUGGGAGUUGUAGUUUGGCCCUCAAUGGGAGUCGUAGCUUGGUCCUCAAUGGGAGUCGUAGUUUGGUUCUCAAUGGAAACCAUAGUUCAGCCCUCAGUGGGAGUUUAGUUCAGCCCUCAAUAGGAGUUGUAGCUCGGCUCUCAAUGGGGGUUGUAGUUUGAUCUUAAUGGGAGCUGUAAUUUGGCCCUCAAUUAGAGUUGUAGUUUGGCCCUCACUGGGAGUCAUAGUUAGAUCCUCAAUUGGAGUUGUACCUUGACUCUCAAUGGGAAUUGUAGUUUGACCCUCAAUGGGAGAUGUAAUUUGGCCCUCAAUGGAAGUUGUAGUUUGGCCCUCAAUGGGAGUAAUAGUUUGGCCUUCAAUAGGACCUGUAGUUUGGCCCUAAAUGGGACUUGUAGUUUGGCACUCAAUGGGAAAUGUAGUUCAGCCUCAAUGGUAGCUAUAGUUCGCCCCUCAAUGGGAGUUGUAGUUUGGACCUAAAUGGAGUUGUAGUUCGACCCUCAGUGGGUGCUGUAGUUCAGCCUCAAUGGGAGCUGUAGCUCGGCUCUCAAUAGGAGUCGUAGUUCCUUCUCAAUGGGAAUUAUAGUUUGGACUUAAAUGGAGUUGUAGUUUGACCCUCAGUGGGUGUUGUAGCUCGACCUUCAGUGGGAGUUGUAGUUCGGUCCUCAACGGGAUUUGGUCCUCAGUGGGAGUUGUAGCUCGGUUCUCGAUAGAAAUUGUAAUUUGACCAUCAAUGGGAGUUGUAGUUUGACCCUCAAUGGGAGAUGUAGUUUGGCCCUCAGUAGGAGUUGUAGUUCGACCCUCAAUGGGAGUCAUAGUUUGACCCUCAAUGGGAGUUGUAGUUUGGCCUUCAAUGGGAGUUGUAGUUUGGCACUCAGUGGGAAUUGUAGUUCAGCCUCAAUGGGAGCUGUAGCUCGGUUCUCAAUAAGAGUCGUAGUUCCUCCCUCAAUGGGAAUUAUAGUUUGGGCUUAAAUGGAGUUGUAGUUCGACCCUCAGUGGGUGCUGUAUCUCAACCCUCAGCGGGAGUUGUAGUUCGGUCCUCAAUGGGAGUCGUAGUUCAGCCCUCAACGGGAGCUGCAGUUUGGCACAACUACAACUCCCAGGAGUCCAUAGCAUUGAGCCCUGGCAGUGAAAGGGCAUUGAUUCUAAACUGCAUGAAUUCUACAUGCACUUGUGGAUUUUGCACUUCUCAUUCAAUAUAUCUCAGUAUUGCUUUGCAACACUCGUCCAGGUAAAUACAUGCAGGAUAAUCUGACCUUCCCCUUGUGUAGAUCGGUUCUUGAAUAUAUUGUGUAGCCGUGGUUCUUUUCUAAAUGAAAUCCAAAGCCUGGAUUUGACGUUGUUGUCCUUUUGGGAAACGACCGCUGUUCCGACCUGCUUUGCACUAGACCUUUUCUUCCUUGGUGUCCGCCACCUCCUUGCCUCCUUUAGCCAGCAUAUAUAUAUAUGGUGCCAUUGCAGUAAGGAAGACGCACCUGCCUGCGGUCGUCAUCCACAAUUAUUUCAUCCAAAAACCGGGCGGAAAAUCUUCCAAAGUUGUUUUCUCAGGGCACAUUGCUGCCAGUGUGCGUUUGCCAUUCUUGCAUCAACACCUUUCCUUUCCAGAUUGUCCCCAAAACCCACAAGACGGACCAUAGACUUCCCCCGAUCAGGAAACAGCCAGGCUUCAAAGCUGCAAGGCCAUUCAGUGCUAAUCAAGCUGGCCAAUUGGCAACAUUCACACUUGCCUCCGACAGACAAGAGUUCUUUCUCCCACCCACAGAUAUAUAAACCCCACUUGCCUAGUUUUCAACAGAACUCACAACCUCUGAGGAUGCCUGCCAUAGAUGUGGGUGAAACGUCAGGAGAGAAUGCUUCUGGAACAUGGCCAUACAGCCUGGAAAACUUUCAGCAACCCGCUCCUUUGGUCCUUGAAAGGUCACAUUCCCAUUGAUUUUGGAAAGGUUUAUAUACAUUCCAUAAGGGACUCAGGCGUUGAAUUGUGAGUGUUGACUAUCACGCAAUUGCAAAAGUAUCCUUUAUUGAUUUACGUUUCAUGUAUGCACCUUAUACGUCUCAUCGGAGAUUAUUUUAUAUACAACAUUGCAAAUAUUUUUGUGCAUGAAUCGGAAACCAAAGGUGUCACUGUUGCUGCCACUGUCUUGGAUUUGGGAAUGUUUUAGAUUUCUGAAUUCUAUAUAUGAGAUAAGAUGAUAUUUUAUUAAUUGCGAGAGAGAAAACUAUUUUAGGAUAAAACGAUCACAAAUGGAAGAACAUUUUGGUUUUGCUGCUCGAACGUAACCCUUGCUUCGAAUUUUGUGGAUGAUGUGAAUUCACUUCUUUGUCUAUUUCAAUGUCGCGUACAGUUUGGUGUGUUUGUAAAACUUCGAAAUGUUUCUAAUUAUUUAUGGUUUCACAUAUCUGGGUGUUUGCAGAAAUAAAAAUCACACGCAGCAAACUCC